AUGGCCAAAGCAGACGCCUGGAGGGCGAAAUACUUCAAAGGGAAAAAGCUCCAUGGAGAAAUUGACAUUAAAGUAGAACAGGCUGAAUUCUCUGACCUCAAUCUCGUGGCUCACGCCAAUGGUGGGUUCUCUGUGGACAUGGAAGUUCUUCGGAAUGGGGUGAAGGUUAUGAGGUCUCUGAAGCCGGACUUUGUGCUGAUUCGUCAGCAUGCCUUCAGCAUGGCAAGGAAUGGAGACCACCGCAGUUUGGUCAUUGGGCUGCAGUAUGCUGGAAUCCCCAGUGUUAACUCUUUGCAUUCUGUCUACAACUUCUGUGACAAGCCCUGGGUGUUUGCCCAGAUGGUUCGACUGCACAAGAAACUGGGGACAGAGGAAUUCCCUCUAAUCGAUCAGACCUUCUACCCCAAUCACAAAGAGAUGCUCAGCAGCACAACAUACCCUGUGGUUGUGAAGAUGGGGCAUGCACACUCCGGGAUGGGCAAGGUCAAGGUGGAAAACCAGCACGACUUCCAGGACAUCGCAAGCGUCGUGGCCCUGACCAAGACGUACGCCACUGCUGAGCCCUUCAUUGACGCCAAAUAUGAUGUGCGCGUCCAGAAGAUUGGGCAGAACUACAAGGCCUACAUGAGGACCUCAGUGUCAGGAAACUGGAAGACCAACACUGGCUCUGCCAUGCUCGAGCAGAUCGCCAUGUCUGACAGGUACAAGCUGUGGGUGGAUACAUGCUCAGAGAUUUUUGGGGGACUGGACAUCUGCGCAGUGGAAGCGCUGCAUGGCAAGGACGGAAGGGAUCACAUCAUUGAGGUGGUGGGCUCCUCCAUGCCGCUCAUUGGUGACCACCAGGAUGAAGACAAGCAGCUCAUCGUAGAGCUCGUGGUCAAUAAGAUGGCCCAGGCCCUGCCCCGGCAGCGGGAUGUCUCCCCUGGCAGGGGUUCCCACAGCCAGUCCCCUGAACCCCAGCAGCCCUCGGGUCCCCCGGCUCAGCAACGACCCCCGCCACAGGGUGGCCCUCCACAGCCGGGCCCAGGCCCCCAACGCCAGGGACCUCCGUUGCAGCAGCGCCCGCCCCCACAGGGCCAGCAGCACCUUUCAGGCCUUGGACCCCCAGCUGGCAGCCCCCUGCCCCAACGCCUACCAAGUCCCACAUCAGCGUCGCAGCAGCCUAUGUCCCAAGCUCCACCACUGACCCAGGGUCAAGGCCGCCAAUCCCGGCCAGUGGCAGGAGGACCUGGGGCCCCUCCAGUAGCCCGCCCACCUGCCUCCCCAUCUCCCCAGCGCCAGGCAGGCCCCCCACAGGCUACCCGUCAGACAUCCGUCUCUGGUCAGGCUCCACCAAAGCCCUCAGGGGCUCCACCGGGUGGUCAGCAGCAGCGCCAGCCACAGCUGGCCCAGAAACCUAGCCAGGAUGUGCCGCCACCUGCCACGGCUGCUGCCGGGGGACCCCCGCACCCCCAGCUCAACAAAUCCCAGUCUCUGACCAAUGCCUUCAACCUUCCAGAGCCAGCCCCGCCCAGGCCCAGCCUUAGCCAGGACGAGGUGAAAGCUGAGACCAUCCGCAGCCUGAGGAAGUCUUUCGCCAGCCUCUUCUCCGACUGACACCCCACCCUGAAAACCCCCAAUAUCCCUGGGUAACCCCUCUCUGGGCCCUGAAUCCACUUCUCACUUUUGGAAUCUCCAACUCCCUUGAGAAGCCCUCUCCUGGUUCACCAAGAUCCUUCUUCUCACUCCUCAGAAUGCCCAUGUCCCUAAGGAAACCUCACUUCUGGUCCUAAACCUAUUUCUCAUGUUUAGAAUUCCCAAAUUCUUGGGAAGCCCACUCCUGGUCACCUCCAAAUUCCUGAGGACCUCCACUCCCAAAGUAUGGUUUCCUUUCCAGAAGUUCCCGAACACCAGGCAACCUAUUCUGGCCCUACACCACAGAGUCCCCUCCUGGGGUCCUGAAAUUCCUUGAAAACCAUACUCAUGGUCUGAGAUCGCUCAAGCACACUUAGUUCCCCACCAAAAUUUCCCAAAUCCUUAAGAAACCCCUACCUUUGAGCUCUCUUUCAUGGAUCUCCCAUUUCUGGAGACCCACCUCUUCCAAUGCCACCACCCAAUCCCAUAAGGAUUUCCCUUCACCUCCUCUCCCAAAUCUAUUCAAUACAUUGGGAGCUCCUCCCACUGGUAGGACCCCUCAGUUCCCCAGGGACCCCUGCCCCACUUUCCUGCCUCUGACAGCUCUCUUUAAAUAUGCAAACUCCACCCAUCCUCCCAGAAUCCUUUGCACAUGAAAGGCCAGUGGUCCCCCACUUCCCCACUUUUGCUGUGAUGUCUGUGUCUGUGACUGACGUGGCCUCCUCUCGUGGCGUGCUUGGCAUAUGUGGUCCUCGUUCAUCGUGCCGCCUGUGGUGAUGCGUGCAGUGGCGCUGUUUGUGUGGUCUGCACCUUCCCCCAACCUCCACUCCUUGCCUGGACUCACUCCCACCCCUCAGCGGCUCUGAACCCCACGAGAAGAGUCGGGAAGCAAAAUAAACAAGCAAAGGCCCAGCA